UAUUAAGGAAUUUGUUGAAUGUGGUGUACAUGCAAACCAGAGAAAUUGUGCGCUCUUUUGUCUAGUCGACACUCCGGCCGGUCGUUCUCAGAAUGUGCACUUACUGCAGCCAUGCCCUGUGUGUGUGUACUUAAGUGGACGUAAAUCGUAAACAUGCUUUCUCUACACACACUGCUGACUGGGUGGGAGCUUGUUAAGCGUGUGCAGACUUUGUUAGUCUAGAAAUACCGGAUUACCGGCAAUGCGUUUUGCUGUGAAAGCAGCAUGCUGGGAGUCUUGGAUGGAGUUUGAUUCUAUAACGCCUGAACAAGAUUCAACCCUGCUACUAUUGGUAACAUAGUUGACCAACUAAAACUAUUCAACUGCGCUGGUCAACGGCCUACUGGUCAUUGUUGGUGACACAUUUGCACAGAACUUUGUGUGUAUAGUAUAGAUGCAUCCACUGUAUAACUGCAGAUCAGUACUGAAGAAAAGUUCAUUGGGAAACUAGGAUGAACAUCUGAUGAACAUCGAGACUCAACGUUUUGUGACUACAACAUUUUGUGACUACGACUUUGACACCUUGUAAACCUAUACAGCAAGUAUGAAGAUGGGAUGGAAUUGGUGGACCAACUGCUAAGAACAAACCUCUUGUACACAUUGGGAUACUAGAUGAUUGGUGAGGACUGUAGCUGGUAAGCAAGACAGAAUGGAGCCAGAUUCAAGCAGUGAUAAGGUGACUGGAGUUUCUUUUAACUCUGGCACUCAGGAGUUUGGAGUACAUCUACCCAACGGUCUUGAAGCUGCAACAGAGUUGGCUGCAGUACCAGAUAAUCCCACUAUACCUGACACUGUUAAACUUCAAGAAACAGAGUGUGAUUCAAUAUCAUCAGACACUCUGUGCCUCACUGCAACACCCCAGAUACCAGCCAAAAACUGCACUGAUUUAUCUGUAAAGACUGAGUCGACGCUCUGCCUCCAGAACAGUCACAAAGAUUCAGCUGAAUUAUCCUCUGGUAACUCGGUAACAAAAUGCACUGUUAUUAAUCAGGAUUCAAAAGAUUGUGCCAACAGGUCAUGUGUCUCCAAGAAUGUCACAAACCUUGAAAAUGAUUUCUGCACUGAAGUAAAAACACCUUUGCAGCUGAAAAAAACCAAAGGUAAUUCAAGUGAAACUGAGGACGAGGAGGAGCUUUACGCUGAAAGUAUUGUAGAAACAAUUAAAUUCAAAAUCCUAAAGAAAUACUUUGGAGACACAAGAAAACCAGGUGUGUUGCAUAGACUGCAUCAUAAAAGGAACUAUGGUUCAUUUAAAUGCAGACAAUGUUAUUUGUCCUUUCACUAUCGCCCCUCGUUAAUAUUCCACAAGUAUUCACAUGGUAACAAACAUCACCUGUAUGAGUGUUGUAAAUGUAGCUACAAAUCCUCUGCCCCUGGUGCUUACAUGCAACAUGAGCUACAACACCAUCCUGAUCAUUUAUAUCAAUGUGAAGUCUGUAACAUUGCAUUCCUACAGAGGAGUACAUGGACUAGACACGUUGCUGCACAUGUAAACAACCAAUCUAUGACAAAAGAACACUCUUCCAGUCACUUGGGGGAUAAGACUGCAACCCAAUCAAAGAUGACAUGCAACAUUCCUGAUCAACUGGAGGUAAUUCAUGGUAUGGCAAGCCAGAACACCAAAACACCAAAGCCGAGCUCUUCAACCAAACAGCAAUGUGAAACCAGGAAUGAACAGAUUAAGUGCAAGUUUUGCCAGCAGUUAUUCCCAUUGGAAGGUGAAGAGUACACCCAGCAUCUACAGUCAACUGAUAAGAGCGUGACUUCAGCCAAGAAAAGCUGUCCAUGGUGUAGCUUCAUAGGCAGUUCAACUUGUCAUCUAACACGACACAAACAUAAAAUUCAUCUGUGUUGUCUGCUGUGUAAUAAGAAGUACCCUCACAAAGAUCUAUUGAGGCAACAUGUUAAUUCUUUCCACAGCAGACUUGUGAACAGUCCUGGAAAGAUCAAAGCAAGAAGAAGGCCAAAGGCAUUUGGGAAAAAGCAUAAACCAGGACUAUGUUUGACCUCAGAAACAUCCCGUCAACAAAUGGAAGACCACCAAGAACACAAGAGCCUCCCUAACAAUAAGGAGGUAGUGCAACACUGGUACUGCAUGACUUGUAAGGUGAUAUUCCCAACUAAGAGACUUCUUGAUCUACACAUAAAACUGAAUCACCGCCCAAUGAAGAAAGCAACUGAAGGUCAUCAAGAGCAAGAGAAUGAUGAGAUGGGGCAAUGGCGAUGUCUUUUGUGUAACACACUCCAUGAGACUCUAAGGGAAUGUGAUAAGCACCUGUUGCGUAUUCAUCCUGAUGAGUAUGAAUACUGCCCUCGAGAUGAGAUAGCUGAGCCUACACUAUCGGUAGAUUUGCCGGUACUGCCAGAAUCAGAACCACCAUACACAUGUAAUAUGUGUGACUCUAUGGUGACAUCCUCAGAGCUACUACACAAACAUAAGGAGAAAUUCCACAAGGUAGCAUACAAGAUAUCCAUUACUGAGGAACUCAACGCCAAGCAACGUAGCUACAGAUGUAGGUACAGGUGUGGCUACACAGACUGUCUCUAUAUGAACGUCACUAAACAUGAGGUCAACUGUGCACAAAAGGUGCCAGUCACGUCCAUAAUCCUACCAUCAGCAGUGCUCGAUACAUCCACUGGGAAGUUAAUUACCAAGUAUUCUGAUGUUUUGAAGCCUGAUACUGACUCUCAUCAAUCUCUUGGCCAUCCAAUUACUGAGCAGCAAGCAUCAUUAACUGGAACGCUAAGUAUUAGCCAAACACUGGCAGUUUCUGUUCAGGGUGACCAGAAUGCCGCCAGGAAUCAAGCAUCAGUUAUGAGCAAUUUGAAUAUGGAUGAAAUGCAGUCAGCUUCAUUUAAGUAUGACCAGAGUGUUGUUGGAAUGGAGCUGCCACCAAAGCCAAGCCGCAAGAAUCUCAAUUCAAAAGAGCAACCGUCUCAAAGCAACAUGCAGACUUUCAACGACAAACACCAACUUCCUGAAAACUGCAUGCAGAAUGAAAACAAGACUCAGCAAACAUCAGACAGUAGCAUGCAGAAUGAAAACAAGACUCUACAGACAUCAGACAGUAGCAUGCAGAAUGAAAACGAGACUCUACAAACAUCAGACAGUAGCAUGCAGAAUGAAAACAAGACUCUGCAAACAUCAGACAGUAGCAUGCAGAAUGAAAACGAGACCCUACAAACAUCAGACAGUAGCAUGCAGAAUGAAAACGAGACUCUACAGACAUCAGACAGUAGCAUGCAGAAUGAAAACAAGAAUCUACAAACAUCAGACAGUAGCAUGCAGAAUGAAAACAAGACUCUGCAAACAUCGGACAGUAGCAUGCAGAAUGAAAACGAGACUCUACAAACAUCAAAUGGUAGCAUGCAGAAUGAAAACAAGACUCUGCAGACAUCACAUAGUAGCAUGCAGAACGUAAACAUGACUGGGGAAGCUUCAAAUUGUAGAAUGCAGAAUGUGAAUGAGACUCGACAAACAUCAACUACAUGUAAUAGCGUGGAGAAUGAAAACAAGAUGCUGAAGUCUUCACCAACUAGUGUACACAAAUUCAAGGGCCAGACACAGUGUGAAAAGGAAGCUGUGAUCAAGACAACAGCUAUUGAUAGGGUUCAUGUUAUCAAAACAUUCAAUGGAAAGGAAUUACAAGAUGUUAGCAAAUCACCUCCAAAUAGCCAACCACAACCAGUUCAAUCAACAAUACCAACAGAUCAACGUUGGAAUUUGACAUCGAGUAAUGCAGCUAAAAUAACUGCACACAAGAAUCCUACAAUAAUUGUUAUGCCUAGAGGUUCAGGUAAAAAGACCACAAGCUUAACCAAUACAGUGUGCCCAAGAAAAGACAAAGUGAUUGUAUAUCGUAGGCUUGAUGAGACGAGUAGUAGCAGUGAUGAAGACAGUGACUGCAGCUGGUUAGAUAAGAGCAGUUGCUCUUCGGAAGAGAAUGAGGAUGAAAAUGGAGACUUGUCUCCAGUUUUUCCAUCAAGUGAUGAAGAAGUGGCGGAAAGUGUUCCUAAUCAAGGAGCAAUCCAAUCUGCCAAUAGAUUGGUGAAUCCUGGUACCUCCUCUACACGAAACAUCACAUCAUGUCCACCCUUACUACAACCAACUGUACUCAUGAGGUUUUUUCAGGCUAUUGACAUGUCUGAUCUUUACCGACUGGCAUUACAAAUGAUAACAGGAUCUCCUCAACCCCAUACAUUACCUACCUCGGAUCCACUAAUGGAUGCAUUCAAGACAACGUCAUUUAAGUAUAAGAUUCCCAUGGGAUACAGUCAUAAAGAAUUUCAUGACAUGCCUCUAUUUCCAUCAUCUCCCGAGGUGAUGAGAAUUGACUACAUGCAAACUUUACCUUCUAAACUUGUAAGUAAGCACUACAAGACUGUAGUUGCAAAGCCCCAAGUGUUGCUGUUAACAUCACUAGUAGACAGUGCAGUUCUUGAUCAUGUCAAGGGGACCGUAUUAAAGGGAGUUGAACGUUUUGUGAGGAAGCAGCGAGUGGAGGAUCGUAAAGAUAUAACAUUAAGCCUGUCUCAGUACAUUGUCUCUCAGUACUUCAAAAAUCAAGAGAAGAAAGAUUCAAGUCAAAAUCCUCUUAAUUUCAGUCUUGCCACAGGAUCAGGGAACAGCCCAGGAGCAGGUCCAAGUUGUGUAAAGACGAAGCCUUCAAUAACUAAAACGCCUGUGUUCAAAUCAACUUCAAACAGACCUUCACCAAGUAGCACCCAAAGGGUACAAGUUAACAAACCUGCUGUAUAUGGAGUUACUAAAACAUUGAUCAAUGUUCCACCGAAGCAGUCCAACAUCCAACACAGCUCUCAGCAAACAGAAAUGAAGAAGUCAUCAGAUCUAAAGAAGAAAACAAAUGUAGCUUGCAGCAGACUGCCAUGCACUAACAGAGAACAAGAGACAACAAUUGCAAACAAAUCACAGAAUGUCCAGGGGAAAGCACCAGAGGUUGGAAAAAGUGAAAAGAAAGAUAACAAAAGUGUGAAAAAAGCUACAGCCAUCAGGGAGACAGAAAAUAGAAAAGAUGUGGCAAGUUUGAAGGUCCAUAAGAGUCCUACAAAAUCUAAGCCUGUCAGGAAUGAGAGUGUACCCCUGAGAAGGUCAUCAAGACUCCUUAGAACUUCUGACCAACAAUGCGACAAGAAUUCAGAGGCAAGUGCUGUCACAGCCUGUGACGGCCAGAAACAUGCGCGGAAGCGCACAAAGUCAAACGAGCAAAAGGACCACAAAGGGCAAGAAAAGAAACGCAAAAUGAGCAAACAAACAUGUUCCAAUGAGAUUGAAAUUGAGUCCAAAAACGAUAAAGAAAGCUGUCAAAAGGACAAUCAAGGUGAUUCAAAACCUCCAACAGUACUCAAAGCAAAGACAAGAUGUAAUGAGAGUCUCCAACCUGGUAGGAACUCAAGCAAUUCAGAUCAAAGUCCACCCGAAUCUUCUUCUUCGUCUUCACAAAUAACUUCACUCAUAAAGGGAGUAACUGCUUCGGGAGACUUUCAGAGGGCUCAGACAUCAAGUCUCAAUCAUGCUGUACAUGAAUAUUCAAGUUAUGAUGCACAUCAUGAUGAGCAUAAUGCAAUGUUGCAUGUUGCUCCAGAAACCAUACUACCAGAGAUUUACCUUGAUACUAAAGUGCAACAUACAGGUACUGAAACCAACAUUGUUGAAAGAAAUGGCAUACUGCAAAUGACAAGGCAUCCACUUUAUGGUCUCAAUAGAGGAACAAUGCAAAUACAUACGGGUGCCAAUGCUGAGUUACAUCCUUUAAACUGUAAGACAUACCUAAAGCACAUUGGCCAUAUGAAUAGUCCUGCCAAGUCAAAGCUUAUGGAAUCUGUAGCAACACAAAAUGAUGUGAAAACAAGAGGUGUGAAACCUCGUAUUGAUCCUUCAUUGCAACUAGAUGAUACUCCGGUAAAGAAACCAUUGAUUUGUAAAUGGAAUGAAAGGAUUGAAAACAGUUUCAAACCACUGCUAUACAAAAAACCACAAACGUGCAUUUCUCAUCCAGAAAAUCAACAUGGUCUCCGUAACUGGGCUGGACACACAUGGAAGCAAACAGUUAGCAAAGCAGAAGUAUUAGAACUAAUGACCAAAAGAAAAACAUGGAAAUGUGCUCCAUAUAAGAUGGCACAAGAGAGCAGAACGGCAAGGGAGAACAAUAAUGAGCUGAUAAACAAGAGAAUCGCUGUAGGUAAAGAUACAACAGUCUCAAGUGAGGAAGCCAUGAAGCAUAAUAUUUUGGAUGCUGGAGAAAGCACUGUGUCCCAAAUAGCAUCCCAUCAGGAUUCCUCAUUAAAUGGAACUCACUCAAAUAUCAGUGAAGAUGGCAAGGAAUGUGGUCAAUGCACUAACGGUGAGAUGUCUGAAGAAUCAAGCACAGAAGAAAGGAUGGAGUGUGAGGUUGUUCCUUCCAAUGCAGAGUUAGAAACAGCAACAGGGGAACGUGGUAGACUAGACACUAAGCCAUUGGAUGCAGAGUUAGAAACAGCAACAGGGGAACGUGGUAGACUAGACACUAAGCCAUUGGAUGCAGAGUUAGAAACAGCAACAGGGGAACGUGGUAGACUAGACACUAAGCCAUUGGAUGCAGAGUUAGAAACAGCAACAGGGGAACGUGGUAGACUAGACACUAAGCCAUUGGAUGCAGAGUUAGAAACAGCAACAGGGGAACGUGGUAGACUAGACACUAAGCCAUUGGAUGCAGAGUUAGAAACAGCAACAGGGGAACGUGGUAGACUAGACAGUAAGCCAUUGGAGGGGAGUCGCAACAUGAUUCAUAGCACAGGGUCUAUAAACCGUUGUCAAGGUACAGCUGAGCAUGAGGAUAGUGGUGUACAGAAGCAGAUCAUCAGACGCAGAUCAUUACGUAAUUUACAGUUGAAAAGGAAAGUUGCUGCUAAUCCAAAAGAUAAACAACACUGUACAGUUGAUCAUUCCUACAUAAAAUUUCCAAAGUUGAAGUGCAGGAGGAAAAGUACAUGUACAAAGUCUAAAAUUGGUUAUCAACUGAGAAAUAGAUGUGGGAUAGGGGCAGGCCUUGUGAAUAUUGGUGUUGGCUCCAAGACCAGUGAAAAGAGACUGAAGGUUCCUCAUGAUCACUGCUAUAUUAGCACCAAGAAACCAAAGACAACUGCUAUGGGUACAGACAAGACAGAUCAUUGCUACUAUUGGAAAACACAGAGUGCACAAAAGACAACUCAUGAAGACGAUCGUGCCUGCAAACAAAAAGAUGCCUCACUGACACAAUGUGACAAAGGGCCAACACAGAAGCCAACGACUCAACAUCCAGAUAGAAUAUGCAAACCCACGCACUCACAGGCUCAAGAUCAUUCUUACUCUUUAAAAAAUGAACAAGAGCAAAAAGCAUCCAUGGAUCAUUGCUAUGUAAGAAUUACUGCAUUAGUGUGCAUGGAUGGCAUCCAGACUUCAUCCAGUGCAACUAAUGAACCUGAUGCAGUACAACACGUAACUGGGAGAAGUAGAGGAGUUCCAGAAGUUGGUUCACCAAAUACAUGUAAUGAGAUGCUGGACAGACGUAUUUUAAGACCAAGAAGAAAGGGAUACCAGCAGUGAUUGACAAGAAUGCUUCUGCUACACCCAAUCAACAGCCUGUUUGGGGAGUACAUGUACAACACUAUACUAAUAAGCUGAUAGCAUAGUGUCAUUUGUUGAAUCAGUUCAGCGUGUGCCGAUUGCUAUAAUUCAGACAUGGAUGCUUCUUACCCCCAAAUUGUUAGUGGUAUUCUGAAGAUAUGUGCAAUUCUAUAUUUGAUCAAAAUCAAGCAAAUUUCAUACCAAAAAAGAGAUUUGUUAUCUUUAGAUGUUCCUUAAAUUCAACUCUGAAUGAAACUUUUGCCACGGUGCAUUACAGGAAAAGAAGAAAACAACUUAAGUUUCGGUUGUCGUGAUGCUUCUGUUCAUUUUUAAAUCUACAGCAAAAUUAAAUGAUUAUGAAGUACGCACAACCAUUUAAGUGCAGUGAAACUUUGCAAAAGGGUGCACCACACGCAAUGCAAGUUGUACUUCUAUUUCUGCUUUUAAAUGUUUAAGAGAAUUUUGCUAAAAUGAGCCUGCCUGGAGACAACGUUAUCUCCCAUGAAGCACUAACCCUGCAGCUAGUCUGGGAUUUGAAAACAAAGUGACUCUUGUAAAUGAAAUUCUGUCUUCACAUCUAUGCAAACCAUUUACUACAAAUUAUCAUUUACCAAUGUACAAUUUACCGUAAAAAUGUGAAAUAAAUAAAUAUGAAUAAUCUUUGCAAAAAUUAAUUCAUUUUACAGAAUUACAUUGAAUUGUCCAUAAAUGUGUAAAAUAAUAUGUAUGAACAAUGAUAUACUUAUAAUGAAUAUUUAUGAGUGCAAUGGUGCGAAUAUGUUCGUGGGUUGAAAGAUGGAAUGUUCUAUUC